AUGGGUAUUUCAGGAUUAUUACCACAAUUAAAGACCAUACAAAAUCCCGUAUCCUUGCGAAGAUAUGAAGGUCAAACCCUAGCAAUCGAUGGCUAUGCAUGGCUACACAGAGCUGCUUUUUCAUGUGCAUAUGAGUUGGCAAUGGAUAUACCAACUGAUAGAUAUCUCCAAUUUUUUAUUAAAAAGUUCAGUAUGUUAAGAACCUUUAAUAUUGAACCAUAUUUAGUGUUUGAUGGCGACAGCCUUCCUGUAAAGAAGAACACAGAAAAAAAAAGACGAACAAAGAGAGAUGAUAGUAAAGAAAUUGCUAUAAGAUUAUGGAAUGCGGGGGAAAAACGGAAUGCCAUGGACUAUUUUCAAAAAUCUGUAAGUAUUACACCUGAAAUGGCAAAAUGCAUUAUUGAUUAUUGUAAGAACAAUCAUAUCCGGUACAUAGUUGCACCAUUUGAAGCAGAUUCACAGAUGGUUUAUCUUGAAAAGAAAGGAAUUGUACAAGGCAUUAUAUCCGAGGAUUCAGAUCUUCUUAUAUUUGGUUGCCAAAGACUAAUCACAAAAUUAAAUGACUAUGCUGAGUGUAUCGAAAUCUGUAGUUUAGAUUUUGGUAAAUUAACAGUCAAAUUUCCGUUAGGAAAAUUGACACCUUUAGAAAUGAUUGCCAUGGUAUGUCUAUCUGGCUGUGAUUAUACUGAUGGAAUCCCAAAAAUUGGCUUAGUUAAUGCGAUGAAACUAAUUCAACAACAUCAUAGCAUGGAUCGAAUCUUGCUAAAUCUAAGACGAGCUGGUAAACAUAAUAUACCUGAAAAUUUUGAGCAAGAAUAUAAGAAUGCAACAUUUGCAUUUCAAUUCCAGAGAGUAUUUUGCCCUAUUGGGCAGAAACUAGUUCAUCUAAACGAUAUUUCUCCAAAAUAUGCUAAACUACAAGGAGAUAUGAUUACAAUAUUAUACUCCUGUAUUGGCCCCGUUAUUCAUAAAGACAAAGCAACAAAAGAAAUAAUUAUUGACGAUAGCGAUAUUGAUCAUGAAACUCACUCCAGACUUGCCUUAGGUGAACUCCAUCCACGAGAUUACUCAAAACCAUUGAUAAAUAGAGAAAUUAAAUUACAAUUAUCUUCAAAAUCUAUACAGCUACCAGAUGGCUCUGGAAAUCAAUUUCGAACCUCGAUGGACACCCAAAAACAAAUCGAUGGGUUUUUCCACAAAACUCAGACAAAAAGUAAAAUUAGUACGUCAGACAAAAUAAAAAAACAAAUGCUGGCAAAUAAAACAAAUAGCAUUAAUAUCACAGAUAAAUUAAACUUUUUAGUUCAAAAACGAAAGCUAAGCAAUAAGAAUUACUAUGAAGUAUCUGCUAAUGAAAAUUCAUCAGAAUUUCCUAAAAAGAAGAGUAAAUAUUUUAAGCAAAUAACAAAAUCUGGUAGUGAUAGUUUGGUAAAUGUAGAAAUAUCUACUACCCAACUAAUUAAACCAACUGAUAAUAAUUUAAUGGACAGUGAUGCUCCUAUUUCUACUACAGAUGAUUAUAUUGAGACAGAAGUUCCUGAAUCUGAACUUCCAACUGAAAUUCCAAGUUCUAUUAACUUGAAUAGUCAUAAUCUCGAUUCUGAUCCUGACUUCUUCAAUUUAGUGGAGAGCCAUUUAAAACAACCAACUACAAAGAUUUCAAAUAUUAAUACUUUUAAAUUAAAGGCUUCAACUAAACUGGAAGAAAAACUAGGCGACGAUGACGAUGAAGAAGAAGAUAAUAUCCCUGAGCCUGAAGAAUAUUUCGAAAAAAUUAAAGCUAAAACUAAAUAUAAUGACAAAAAAGAUCCUUCUAUUAAGAAAAAUAAUUCUAAAAAAGAUACCAAUAUUCCAAACAAUGGCGUAAUAGUCAGUAGCUCUUCCAAUAGAACACUUUGCGGCUCAACUAACUUAUUGUCACAUUAUAGAUAUGCAAUCGACGACACUUCAAAUUGUAAUGACAAGCCAUCAACGAGUUUGAAAGUUUCUUCAUCCAGAAAACCACUCACUGAAUCUAACGUUAAUAUUCAUCGUAGUCAUUCUUCCAAGAAUAGCAUAUCCACUGAAAAUUCUAAGUUUACCAGUACAAAGCAUACUUUACUUGGUAAUAAAACUCAGCAUAUUAUUAUCAAAGCUAAAGCAACACAAAGAUCUGCUACAAUGAAAGAAUGUGUGAAAAUUGAAAAGCAACCACAUGAAAGGUCUGCAAAAAGAUCAGUAUCAUUAUUGUCACAAUAUAUUUAUAGAGAUAAAUAG